AUGACCCCAGAUCCUGAUAAGAGACAGAUCAGUUUUCCUAAACUUAAAUACCCAAUAACUAGAGAUAUUGAACCAAGAACCGCCCAGCAAUGGUUAGCGGGUAAACAAAUUCAAGAUGGUGCUGAAGGGCUGUGGCGCAUUCACGAUGAUAUUUACGAUUUGACUGACUUUGUUUCCUCUCAUCCCGGUGGUUCCCAAUGGCUUGAAUUUACUAAGGGCACGGAUAUUACGGAAGCCUUUGAAACACACCACAUAAACAGCGGAGUAGCUGAAGCGCUUUUACCGAAAUAUUUUAUUAAAAAAGCGACAACAUCCAGAAACUCACCUUUUACAUUCAAAGAAAAUGGUUUUUACAAAACUUUGAAAGCAAAAGUAGCUGUAGUAUUAAAAGAUAUACCCAAGGACAUUAGGAAAAAAAGCGAUAAUGUUACCGAUUUGCUUUUAAUAUGUUUUAUAACCGCGAGUCCACUGUGUUGUUGGCUUUGGUCAAAGAAUUUAAUGUACGGAGCAGCCUCUACGUUGUUUCUUGGCAUGUUGCUGAGUUCACUUACUAUUUCUGCCCACAACUAUUUUCAUAGGUCAGAUAGUUGGCGAAUGUACCUUUACAACUUUAGUGGAUUUUCAUACUCUGAUUGGAGAAUAUCUCACGCAAUGUCCCACCAUCUCCAUACGAAUACAGCGAAUGAUAUUGAAUUAAGUAUGUUGGAACCAUUUCUAUUAUAUCUACCAAGAUCAGACAAACCUCUAUGGGCACAGAUGGGGGCAUUUUAUUAUCCUGUCAUUUUUGUGUUUUUGUCUUUAGGUGAAAUGUUAAGAAACACAGUGCUUGGCUUGCUAAAUAUUAGUGGCAAAAAACUAUUCUGGGAUAACCUGAUACCAUUUAUGACACCAAUAUGGAUGUGGUGGGGCAGUGGUUUAUCCCUACCCUGGGCGAUUGUCGUGUGGCUCGCAACGAUGAUGUCGUGCAGUUUCUUUUUUACGGUGUUCGGCCUAACUGCUGGGCAUCAUAGUCAUACCAACUUCUUCGAAGGAGAUGUACCUCGGGAAGAAUUUAUUGAUUGGGGCAUUCAUCAACUGGACACGAUAGUUGAGAGGGUCGAGUAUGCGGGAAACCAUUUUAAAAGUCUCACUCGUUUCGGCGACCACGCGCUCCAUCACCUAUUUCCAACACUCGACCACGCAGAACUGAAAUUUCUAUAUCCUACUCUAAUAGAACACUGUGAAAAAUACGAAACACAACUUCGAAUGAACACAUUCUACACAGCUUUAAUAAGUAAAAGCAAACAAUUGAUUCGGAAACGUCCAAACAAUUUUAGAAAUAAAAAGCCAGCUGUAAGUGAUAAAUUACACAUAUAAGCAAAGGAGAAACAUCGUCUAUCAAGGUUUUUUUAAAAACAUAUCUCUUGGCACUUUUACUUACAUAUAUGUUGAUUUACCACGAUUAUCAUCAUUUUGAAACUCGAUAUUUCGGCGACGUUGCAAACGACAUGGUCACUGGACUGGUUACUGUAGCCAAUUUUAAAAAUGACGAAUAUAAAAAAGUAAAAAAGUAGUACGACCGUACUAUCAUAUGUGGUCACAUUACUAGCUUGAAUUUGAUCAAUACAAUCUCCAUUUGAUAUCAUUAUGAUAUACAUAUUUGUCAUAUUUCUAAAAGUUCUCAGUUAGAUAGCAACUUUUUAUUUUCAAUUUGUGUAAAUAUGUAUCAAAAGUGUAAACUUUUAUUUUAAUUCUAGUAUAAUUUAUUUUGAUUUUCUUGUGUUUAGUCCAAUCAAAGUAUCAUUCCUCGAUAGAUAAUUGUAAAUAGAUGUAAAAUAUCAAACGUGAUGGAUUAAAUAAAUAAAUAAAUAAAUAAAGUGUAUAACAUAUUUAUAUAUUUACAAUUUACAACUUAAAACCUAAAUACUUACAGAUAGUUGCGUUAUAAAUUGUCCGUGUGGAAUGGUGCCAAGAAUCCUGGCAGCAUUUUCUAGUUGAAUCGCUAUGCCGAUUCUCUGGACAAAAAUGCAACAGCCCUCUUGUAACCAGUGGAAGCAAUAACAACUGUAAAUAAUUUUUAAUGUGUAUUUUAUAUUUAUUUUUUAAAAAAUAAAGCGAUAUUAUAGGGUUGUGUAUAGAAAGUAGUAACUUAUAUAAUGUCAAAUUUAUUUUAUAAAUUUUAGUAAGAGUGUCAUGAUGGCUGUGGGAUUUUGUUAUUAAAUUAUUUAAAUAAA